AGCAAAGAGUAGACCAGAGCACCCACAUCAGCCCCCUCUUAAUUGCCUCCCCCCAUCUCCAAUCAUAGGCCGGCUCGAGGUGCCGCGCGAUUCAACGGACCUCUCCCCUUUGUUUACUUCUAGUAUUCCCGCCCAAAUCAUUUAGUAGUAGCACAUCUUUCCUUCCCUGCUUCGAAGAAUCGAUCCUAGGCUAGCUAGUUGUUCCCUUCGGUUGGCCGGCGCUGGUGCGUUAAUGGCGGUUGACCUCCUCCUUCUCCUUCUCCUUCUCGCGCCUUUAAAUUGCGCGGGAAGAAGCGUCCGUGUUGAGAGCCGCAUAUAGGGAAGAGUCCAUCCAGUUCCCUGCCUCGGUUGAGUCUCAUCUGGGCUCUCUGCUUCUUGCUCUCUUCUGUUUCUGCUCUUCAGCAGCCAGCACCUCCUUAUUCCUGCCUCUAGCUUUAGCAAUGGCGUCGGAGAAGCUGGUGGCCAGGAAGGGCAGGCUGAGGCAGCGCUACGACAACGGGCAUCGCCUCGUCGCAGGGUGCGUGCCGUACCGCCUGGGAAAAGAUGGGCAGCUCCAGGUUCUCAUGGUCUCCAGCACCAACAGGGACGGUCUCGUCUUCCCAAAGGGCGGCUGGGAGGACGACGAGGACGUCCACGAAGCAGCGUGCCGAGAGGCGCUGGAGGAAGCCGGCGUUAGGGGCAACAUCAAUAGAAACUCGCUGGGGCUUUGGGUGUUCAGGAGCAAGAGCAGCCAGAGCGAGAGCGGCGACAGCCCCAGGGGCGCCUGCAAGGGCCAAGUCUUCGCGCUGGAGGUCACCGAGGAGCUCGAGCAAUGGCCGGAGCAGGACACACAUGGCAGGCGCUGGGUCUCCCCUGCGGACGCCUACGGGCUUUGCCGGUACGACUGGAUGCGCGAGGCGCUGACGGCGUUGCUGGACCGCUGUUCUAUGUCGUCGGCGUCGGCGAUCCCGGCUCCGGCGUCGGAGCUGAACGAGCACGCUGGCACGUGCAUGAACAUGACGCUGAUGAAACCGACGGCCACUGCAGAUCGAGCUGUGGCGCUGUGCUGAUCUUUUGCCUAAUAAUGUGGAUGAUGAUAGACUGAUGACAGAUGAUCGAGCAGAGCAGUGCAAGUAAUUAGCUGCCGCUGUCUGACAGCAGACAGCUAGACCCGGCUGUCAGAAAUCAUCUGAUGAUAUUUUUCCUGCAUAUCGUUUACUUUUGUAAUUUAAUUAAUGUGUUCUCUUCUUAGUGCAUCCGCAAAUGAUUUCAGCACUAACAUCCCUAGCCUCUGCUGACUGAGAGCCAAUGCUUGUCAAUUUGUAUGAUCAAUCUAGUGGCUGGCACCGGUACACUGGGUGUUCUGUACUCUGUAAUGUGAUCUGUUACUGUCCUGUAAAUGUCAUGAGGAGAAUGAAUAACUGUCAAGUGUCAACACAGUUUUAUUAA